AUGAGGGAAAGGCAUAAGCGAAAUAGCCGUUUCCAACACAACAGUCGUGUGGAAAUUGCAGCUUUCGGGGAAAUCUUCGUUUUGCGCUUGCGUAAAACAAGUAGUGUGCUUCAUCCAAGUGCCACUGUACAGUUCAGCAGUGAAGAUGAGGUCGGUAAUAUAGUGACUGGAGAGCACCAGUAUCAUGUUCAAUCUAUACCAUCACAUGACCGACAGAAGCGAUCGUCUGCCAUCUUUAGCGGAUAUGACAUUAUUGUGGCUCGGAAGCCACUCGAAGGCAUACCAUUGCAUGAUGAAGACGCAGAAAUUGAGCAGCACAUACGAAUGCGUCGCCAAGCGGCAGGAGAAAAACCAAGGGAGAUAACCAUUGAAGUCGCCGUCUACCUGGACGAAGACUUCACGUCUACGCUGAAGUCACGUGGAAUUACGUCGCCGCAGCAAAAGCUGGAUUUCGUUAUUUUGAAAUGGAAUUGGGUGCGGUAUAACUGGAACCGACCGGAACUUGGCUACAACGUUGACAUCCAAAUUAAACUGGUACAUUUCUACGAGACAAAUCCGCUCUUUGAGCGAAAUUCUGCCAUUCUCAUUGGCCAGCAACUUCCAGCGAGUUGGAGAUUCAGUAUGAAACACACGGACAAGACGCCAUGUUUGGCCAAUAGAUCGGAAGUUGGGGGAAUUAUGGGAGGUCCAAAUCCCGGGUGGUCGCCAUGUUCCGUGGCCAGCGCUCACGAGUUCAUUCAAUCCGAUGGCGGACAGUGCCUGUAUGAGGUGAACGUGCCCGUCCUUGAGCCCGGUCAGGAGGUCACAGUUCUAGGCGGACUCCUGCCAGGAAUGUACGAGACGAAAGACGAAUCAUGUGAAGGACAAGUUGGUGCUGGCUUCCGGUUCUGGGUGUUCCCUCAUUUGGCUUCGUUGGACAGCUGUACCUAUCAUGUGUGCCUGAACACCAACAUAGGUCCACGCUACGGCGAGAUGGUGAUCCGGCGGAACAACAUCCAGGGGAUGUACUGUGGCCCCGGCAAGGCUUGUCUGCGCAGCGCAGGCGGAUGCCUGACUUACGAGGAGCUGCACCUUGCCGCUGACCGAGUUCCGAUCCAGCAAGGUGGAUGGUCCGAGUUUGAGCCGUUCGUGCCUGCCAGUCGCUCGUGUGGAACAGGUGCCAAAGUCUCACGCAGAAAAUGUGACAACCCCAAACCACUGAAUAGCCCAGACUGUGAGGGUGAAGAGUACAGAGCAGAGCUCGCCAACACUCAGGACUGUCCAGGUGACGUCAACGACGUCGCCAUUCUUAGGAAGCUUCGGGCUGGAGAAGUUUGUCGGAAGUUGUUACGUAACGGGGUCCUGGACAGCAGCAUGUUUGCCCCGACAGGGUCCAGUUAUCGUGACAUUGGAAUCGGUCAGUGCGAGAUAAAGUGUGAUCGUAUAGACGGCGGAAGUAACGGACUCUACACGAAGUGGGGGCUUUACGACGACGGGGUGCCCUGUGAUCUGAAUAUAGAGAGAUCUGACUGGCCCAGAGCUGCCGGGCUCAAGGGUCACUGUGUCAGAGGUCAUUGUAAGGCUUUUGGUUGUGACGGUAAACUUCCCGGGAAAACAUUUGACAGAUGCGGAGUUUGUGGCGGGGAUGGUUUCAGCUGUGACGCUGUAUCCGGAGUGGAUGUGCGCUCAGACCCAGGAAAACGUAUAACUGUGAUCGACCUUCCUGCCGGAUCGUACGACAUCGAGAUCGCGAUGAAGCGACAGAAGGCUCGGGCCCCUAGAAUGUACCUGGAACUUUGGACGAAGGAUGGCGUAGCGAUUUUGGCACAAAGAUCAGGGAGUAGCGGCGUGGCGGACACGCUAACGUCAGAGGUCAGUUUUGGCGGCACUGCGUGGCGAUACGACAGCCGAGAAUAUCUGCUGGCCAAAGGACCAAUAGACCAGCCUCUCAUUGUAAAGGUUUACCAGACAACAGGUGCAGUCAACAAUGGAAUAGAGUUUGAUUUCUCCAUGCCACUUAGCAAUCGCCAUUGUAAUGGAACUUGUCAAAACGGUGGCACGUGGUGGAACUGCGGAUGUCAGUGUCCUCCCGGAUUUGGGGGUUCUGAUUGUAGCUUGACAAGCAGAAAAGUUUGUUUUAAUGGGGAAUUUAUGGACCCAGUAACGGACACAUGUCAGUGUAACAACGAACGGGAAUUUGGCGACAAUUGUAGGUGUCGUCUGCCAUUCAAGGGAGAUAAAUGCCAAACGUGUAAGAUAAGCGCCUGUCACAACUGCGGUACUCUGAACACAUCCACGUGUCGGUGUGAAUGUCCAAUUGGAUACGGUGGACUACAGUGUGAAAGCCUAUGUAAGGACAAACUUGCGAACUGUGCAACAAAGAAAGCGAACGGGAAGUGUGAGAGUGAUGCGGCCAACAUGGAACUUAACUGCGCCAAAAGCUGUGGCUACUGCCGUAAGAUUAAAGGGGUCUUAAAGAAAGUCUUAAGUAAAUACGGUUUCCUUGAAAUCUCUUUGCUGUGCGCAUGA